AGGAGGUGUGCCGGGGGCUGGUUGGGGGCGCGCGCGGCGGGGCCGGGGCGUGGCCGAGGUGGCGGCGACGUCACAGGGCGGCGCGGGGGGGCGGCGCGGCCCGCGCCGGUAGGUGAGCGAGCUGCGGGCGGCGGAGCUGACUCGGGCACUUACGCCGCACGGAGCAGCCUCCGCCAGGGCCGCUCCCCGCGCUGCGAUGAUGUCCGUAAGGGGCGGCCUCUCGCGUCUCCUCCGGACGCAAGUGCGUUCGGUCCGGAAGAAAUCCGUCCACUCCGUGGCUGUGAUAGGAGCCCCGUUCUCGCAGGGACAGAAAAGAAAAGGAGUGGAACAUGGCCCAGCUGCGAUAAGAGAAGCUGGCUUGAUGAAAAGGCUCUCCAAUUUGGGCUGCCACCUAAAAGACUUUGGAGAUUUGAGUUUUACUCCAGUGCCCAAAGAUGAUCUCUACAACAACCUGAUAGUGAAUCCACGCUCAGUGGGCCUUGCCAACCAGGAACUGGCUGAGGUAGUUAGUAGAGCAGUGUCAGGUGGCUACAACUGUGUCACAGUGGGAGGAGACCACAGCCUGGCAAUCGGUACCAUUAGUGGCCAUGCCCGACACUGCCCAGACCUUUGUGUCAUCUGGGUUGAUGCCCAUGCAGAUAUCAAUACACCCCUUACUACUUCAUCAGGAAAUCUCCAUGGACAGCCAGUUUCAUUUCUCCUCAGAGAACUACAGGACAAGGUACCACAACUCCCAGGAUUUUCCUGGAUCAAACCUUGUAUCUCUUCCCCAAGUAUUGUGUAUAUUGGUCUAAGAGAUGUGGACCCUCCUGAGCAUUUUAUUUUAAAGAACUAUGAUAUCCAAUAUUUUUCCAUGAGAGACAUUGAUCGACUUGGUAUCCAGAAGGUCAUGGAACAGACAUUUGAUCUGCUGAUUGGCAAAAGACAAAGGCCAAUCCAUCUGAGUUUUGAUAUUGAUGCAUUUGACCCUACACUGGCUCCAGCCACGGGAACCCCUGUUGUAGGGGGACUGACCUAUCGGGAAGGCAUGUAUAUUACUGAGGAAAUACACAAUACAGGGUUGUUGUCAGCACUGGAUCUUGUUGAAGUCAAUCCUCAGCUAGCCACUUCAGAGGAAGAGGCGAAGGCUACGGCUAGCCUGGCAGUGGAUGUGAUUGCUUCAAGUUUUGGUCAGACAAGGGAAGGAGGACACAUUGUCUAUGACCAACUUCCUACUCCCAGUUCACCAGAUGAAUCAGAAAAUGAAGCAUGUGUGAGAAUUUAGGAAAUACUGUGCAUUGACAUGUUUAACAGUGGGCAUUCCAGAGUUGCGGGGCAUUUGAGGAAACAGAUAAUAAGUGGUUUCCUAGGUCAAUAUUGCCUUAAUGAGAACAUCUGCACAUUUUCACAAUUGUAAAGUUUCCCCUCUCUAUUUUGGUGACCAAUAAUACUACUGUAAAUGUAUUUGGGUUUUGGCAGUUCAGGGGUAUUAAUAUGUUGUAAUACUAUGUAAAUUUAAAGUCAUAAACAGCAUUUAUUACCUUGGUAUAUCA